AUGCUCCAUAUCCUCCUUCUCAUCCCCUCACUUCUGAAUCAUGCCACGUCAUCAGAAGUUGCUCCAUCCGUAGCAGUUCCUCUUCUCGCAGACACGUCGACUCUAGAAUACGUCCACACCAUCUGGAGACAUGGAGAUCGAACGCCUGCCGAGUUUUUGGAACCCGAUGACUUGAAAAAAUGGAAAGAAGGGAUUGGAGAGUUAACGGAGGAGGGAGCAGCUCAACAGUACCGACUGGGUCAGUGGCUUCGAAAACGGUAUGGAGCGUGGCUGGAUGAGAAAUUCAAUCGGAAUACGAUUUAUAUCCGUAGCUCGGACUACAAUCGCACAUUGAUGUCGGCGCAGGCCAAUAUGGCUGGCUUAUUCCCGCCGAUUGCCGAGGGAUUGAUGUGGCAACCGAUUCCAGUACAUACACGACCAAAGCCUAUGGAUAAGGAACUGUACGAAGAAGUGAAAUGUCCAACAGCUGAAGCCGAGAUGAACGCGCAGUGGAAAUCAAAGAAGGCGGAUGCUAUUCGCCAGAAAUUCGCCAAUGAGCUCAAGUUUUUCUCUGAAAAAUUCAGCCUCCCAAACAUGGAGCUGAAAGCCACAUGGCGAAUUUUCGAUAACUUUUUCUGUGAGAAACAACACAACAUAUCUUGGCCUGUCUGGAUGAAUUCCUCUAUUUUCGAAAGAGUCGACCAGUUGUACAACGAAGUAUCCCAGCUAGAAUUCCACACAGAAACACUUCGACGUCUUCGUGGUGGCACUCUUCUAGAAGAAAUUUUCCAUAGAUUUAGUGAUAAAGCGAACGGGUCGCUAGGCAAUGAAGCCAAGUUCUAUGCGUAUUCUGCACACGACUCAACGAUCGCCGCUCUCCUCGCUACACUUGGUAUCUUCUACGAUAUUUACCCAAAAUAUGCCACCUGUCUUCUCAUUGAAAUGCACAAACUACAAAAUCAAACUCGAGUGAUUCGCGUUCUCCAUAAAAACGAAACAGAUAUUGAUAGGCUGAUCGAGUACUCGAUUCCAGGAUGUCAUGCACCGUGUACACUUGAGGGGUUAGGAAACGAUUUGAGUAGAUACUUUCCUGAUGACUGGGAAUUGGAGUGUGGACUCAGGUGGAACAUGGAUUUUGCUUAUUUCGUAAUAAGCUCGAGUCUACUCAUCAUAACCAUCUGUUCCUGUACCAUGCUGCUUCUGGAAAAAUACAAAAAGAAGCACAUUCUAAAAUUUACUGGACUCGGCGAUGACACUGUCCCGAUGCUCGCCAUUGAUGAAAGUGAUUGA